AUGGAAAAAAAUAAACUUGUACACGUUAAGUAUGACCUGUUACAUAUCACGCCUCCAAUGAGUUGUCCUGAGGUCCUUGUGAAAACACCAAAUUUAACCGAUCCGAAUGCAAGUGAUUAUGUGAAUGUGGAUAUUAAAACACUGAGACAUAAACACUAUGAUAAUAUAUUUGCAAUUGGUGACUGUGCAGCUUUGCCGACAUCGAAAACAGCUGCAGCUGUAGCUGGUCAAGUGGGUGUGUUGGAAAAGAAUCUGUGUGAUGUUAUGAAGGGUGGUAAAGGUAAUGUUGCUGAAUAUGAUGGGUAUACUGCUUGCCCAUUAGUUACGGGAUAUAAUCGAGGUAUAAUAGCUGAGUUUGAUUAUUCACUCCAACCACUGGAGACGCUUCCCAUUGAUCAAAGUAGAGAACGUUAUUUGUUUUAUUUUGUGAAGACCUUUGUCUUUCCACCUCUCUAUUGGGAUUGGUUCACGAAAGGAUACUGGUCUGGUCCGAAAUUCAUUCGCGAUAUCCUACAUUUGAGAAGCCCUUGGUAUUCAAAGCCACAGGAAUGA